UGUGGAGCGGUGUACCCCAAGAUGUAAGUCUAAUACAUCUUGGGUGUACCCAAUAUAACCAGUCGCCUUCAGCUGCCGAGUGUGGCGCCAAGCUCAAGAUGUCAACACAUCACCCACAGGAUACUGAACAGUGAAGAUUGAAGAGGUGGAGUGGCGUUGUGUGUCGUGCGGCGGUGUGUUGCAGGUGUGGACUGAGAGCGUCACAACAGCAUGAAGUCACCAUUGCUACUAUUACUACCACUACUACCACUGCUAGUGUCACCUGUGGAAGCUGCCGACCUCUCCCAGCACCACUACGACCUGGGGGACUGGACGGCUAUAGUGGUGUUGACGGGUUUGGCAGUCGUAGGGUUCUUGGCUUGUGUGGGUGCAUGUGUCAGGCGGCGGAGACGGGAGAUCCUGCAGUAUUGAGAAUGUUAGGCAGCCGUUACACAGUGGUGGAUGGUGGGCUGGCUUCCACACUGCAGGCUGGUGGAUAUGAGGUGGAUGGGGACCCGUUGUGGAGUGCACGGCUGCUGGCAACACACCCACAUGCCAUUAAGAAGGUGCACACAGCAUUCCUGGAGGCAGGGGCAGAGGUGCUGGUGUGUGGCAGUUACCAGGCUAGUGUGUCAGGCUUCCAGCAGCACCUCAGUACCACGCGGGAGGAAGCCUUGGCACUCAUUGGGCGCUCCGCCACGCUGGCGCUUGACGCUGUGCAGGAGUUUGAGAAGGGAGAGAGGGGAGAUCACCCCAAGGUCGUGGCAGGGUCAGUGGGGCCCUAUGGAGCAUGCCAGGCUGAUGGGUCAGAGUACACAGGGUCAUACAUCCCCUCUAUGACCCAAAGUGACCUCAUGACCUGGCACCGGCCUCGCUUGGAGGCACUGGCAGGGGCGGGGCUGCGGGUUGUGGCACUGGAGACCUUGCCGGCACUGUCUGAGGCCCUGGCACUUCUGGGGCUUUUGCGAGAGUUUCCAGACCUGAAGGCUUGGGUCACCUUCUCGUGUAAGGAUGCAAAACACACAAGUUAUGGAGACCAUUUUGGUGAGGCAGUGAAGGCGUGUUAUGAGCAAGGCAGAGACCAGUUGAUAGCUGUAGGUGUCAACUGCUCUCCCCCCCAUCUUAUCACCCCACUGCUCCAGGAGGCUAGCCAGCUCCUCCCCUCCCCCAAGAUUCUCCCCAGGGUUGUGUAUCCAAACUCAGGGGAGGAAUGGGUGGCUGGGAAAGGGUGGAAGGCAAGAGGAGAUGAGAUCUCAUGGCCCUUCCUGGAUGAGGUGGGGGUGUGGGCAGAGAUGGGGGCACAGCUGGUGGGAGGCUGCUGUCGGCUGGGACCUGUUGACAUAGCUAACAUUGCUGGUGUGUUGAGGAGCCUACCUGAUCCAUAAGGCAGCUCACUAUAUGACACCUGUAUUGUAAUGCACUUGAACUCUUUACUUAUUGAGAGAGAGAGAGAGAGAGAGAGAGAGAGAGAGAGAGAGAGAGAGAGAGAGAGAGAGUUGGGAAGAGAAGGGAGUCUUAAUUCUGCAUAGAACUGUGUGGGUGUAGAGAGACAGGAUAUAUGCGGAACAAGUGGAUUUUAAAUUGUUUUCCUGGUGUUAAGAGAAAUAAAGGACAGAAAAAGGAAA